CAAGACUGAUGGUUUGCAAGUCCGGUUGAUUAUGAGAUCGUCCUCAUCCAACGGUUAAUUACGUUCCCCACGCGUCUCCACGAAGGCUUCAUCCAUCAUCGCUCGUCGUUCGUCAGUGACGGCGGUUAAUUAAUCGAGUAAUAAUGCAUCUUCGAAACAACAUCUACCCCGGUUCCUGCCCCAGGUUCCUCUAUCCGCCACUGCCAUGCAAGAGGUGUCACUGCGGCGCACGUCUCAAAAUCGUGGCUUCCUGUAGCUGCAGCGAACUGCAGAUGCUUGAACAUGUUCGAGAACAACGAACUCACCAAAGAAGAACUUCUGGAAGCCCCGGAAGAGUCCUCGGCUUCUGUCAGCAACAGGAAAAGAAGACGACGAGAUGAUACCAAUUUUGAAUGUCAAGUAUGCCACCGCAUUUUUGGCCGAAUAGAGCACUUGAGACGCCAUGCCAACAGUCACGGCGAGGCUCGUUCUUUCAAGUGCGUAGCUUGUGGAAAGGGGUUCAAUCGAUUAGAUACGCUUCAACGGCAUGAGUUGAUACACCAGAAAGACCCUGGUGUAUCUAAACUCAAGGGAGCAAGAGCCUGCAAGGAAUGUGCCGGUAGUAAGGUCCGCUGUAAUGGUACCAUGCCAUGCGAGAGGUGCACAGUGAAACAGACUGAUUGCGUGUAUCCAAGCGCCGCAAGCCCAGCCCAAGCACAGGACUCACCUUCAUCUGCUAUAUCGGACUUCCCAUCAACGCCCGGAACGUCGGAAAAUGCUUCGUCUUCAAUGCUCGAGUCUGCGUCAUUCCCUCGACAGCUGGAGCAGUCACUACCAUAUGUCGGCCAUGCCGUGCCAUUUCCGGAACAUCAUGCCCUGAACGUUUCAGAUACAUGGAAUUACAACCCGCAUCCAGAGACAGCAUCCCAAUCCAACCAUCUUCCCCCAGGCUCGCUUCCGACAUAUAUCCAUGGCCUAUCACUACAAGAUUCCAAUGGACAGCAAACAGCCUUGUCGCCAUUCGCAGGAUCCUAUUCUGGCACUGAAGCCUCGUUCGAGAUAACAUACACCUCAUCACUGUCAAGAGAUCGGCAUGCGAGCCUGGACCAGUUGUCACGGAGGCCAAGGCUUGUGCCCAACUUGAGGUCCAGAACAGCUGUCAUGGACUCCAACAGUCCGACGUCACAGCUCACGCUUGCAAGCCAUCAAGGAGAGUCUGCUCAUGACCAAUCGGAUCUACGAGGCACUUUCCACAGGUCUUUCAAUCCAUCAACCAGCUACCUGAGUCGAAGACGUCGAUACAACUUUCCAUUGUCGGGUGAUGUUUUGCCAGCCUUCCAGAGUGAUGACUACACCAGCUUCGACAUGUUAUCUGAGCAGACAUAUUCAGCCAUCCACAGGUCUUUCAUCGCUGUCUGUACAGGUUUGACUGCACACCAACCAGUAUAUGGAUCAAGCUGCUUCCCAUCACGGAAGACCUUGAACGCUCUGGUCAAACUAUACUUUGAGCGCUUUCAUCCUGUGAUGCCUAUACUUCACCAUCCGACAUUGAACCUCAACACAUCUCAUUGGAUUCUCAGUUUAGUAAUCGUAACGAUUGGAAGCCAUAUGUCGGACUUCGAACAAGCAGAAGAGUAUUCUCUGUGUCUGGACGAGUUCUUGCGCCGUGCCAUCUCAGCCUUGGAUCCCCACGAAACGAUUGACCGCAUCACUCUUUGUCAGACAAAGCUACUAGCAUGUAUCAACCAGAUUUACAGCGGCGAGGAAAGCUGGCAAGAAUCCGCUUACAAUGAAUUUUUGACAGACCUGGUUGCAUUCUGUCAGCUCGAGUGGAAAAUGUCCGAAGCAGGGUUCACGACCUUCGCACCUGAAGGCCACGAGGCCGAAUUUUGGGAACGAUGGGUUCAACUAGAGUCUUGUCGACGGACAGGAUAUGCGAUAUGGAUGCUUGACACGAUGUGGGCAUAUCAUUUUCAGGUGCAGCCGAGACUUACGCUAGAAGACGGGAGAAUACCUUUACCAUGUCAAGAGGUAUUAUGGGAAACAAAGUCAGCCUUACAAUGGCACCACAUUUUCCAAUUUUCGCCGCCCAACUUAACACUUCUGUCGGCUUUGCAAACUCUACAAGACCACAAAGACUUACAAAGCACAAUGGGUGAAUUCAGCCGCAUAAUCCUUCUCCACGGCUUCUACCAUCAAAGCUGGGAGAUGGAAAGAGCUGAGAUUCGGUCUCAACCGCGACCUCACCAAAUGUCGACAUUCGCCCUCUGGAGGGACUCAGUCUGCGAUUCGCUAGAAGUGCUCCAAUGGAGUGCCAACAAUGUCGUCAAUGCAGCAUCUGGCAUGGAACAUCCAACCAUACUACACCUACAUCUGGCGAGAAUCGUGUUAUUCGCACCUUUCCAAAACAUCUGCGACCUGGCGUACGGAAUGACGAAGGAAGACACAAGUAUUGGCACAGCACAGAUGGCGAACCUGCGUACAUCGAUACGCAAGUGGGUGAUCGAAGACGAAAGCAAAGCUCGACUCGCAGCCUUACAUGCGGGAAUAUUGUUAAAGCAUAUUCGAAGUUUCCACACAAACAGCUUCUAUGAGCCGUCAGCAGUCUUACUGGCCACACUUACCCUCUGGGCAUAUGGAGCAUUCACAACUACAGCUAUAGCAAACAGACCACCACUACAGCGACGAUUCUCGGAUACCCAAGGCCACCCGAUCAGCAUCGCCUUGGACCAACCACUUGAGCCGGACCUGGUAAGAUCAUUCGUAAGAGAUGGCAGGGAUAUGGCACCUACUCUAAGAGGAGUGGGAAGUAUCCGAGGCGCGGGCGGUCCACAGCGGGUGCUUUUGGAAGGAUCAAAACUAGUUUCAGAGAUUGGGAGAUUUGGAGUCGGACGCAAAGUCAUCCGAGUGUUGAACAACCUCUCAUUAUGCCGCAGUAUAUAAAAACGAGCAAAACGAACAUUUUUGGACAGACUAAACAAUCAAAUUUUCAGGCUCC